AAGGAAAUCUUGCAUGGAAUCAGCGGUCAAGUGUGUUCGGGAGAAGUGCUGGCGAUUUUGGGGCCCUCGGGCGCCGGGAAAACGUGUCUCAUCGACCUUCUCACGCUCGAGGGUAAGGGCGGAACGUACACCGGAGACGUUCGAUUGAACGGCAUUCCGAUCACCCCCGAGCUUUUCACCAAGCACUGCUCGACCGUGCCCCAAGUCGAUCGUUUGUGGGCGUUUCUCACCGUCGAAGAAACGCUGACGUUUGCGGCUGAUUUAUUGUUGAAAUCUUCCGCGGAAGAGAAGAAGCAACGCGUGGACGCCAUCAUCAACACGGUCGGUUUGGCGUCUUCGAGACAUACGAAGUGCGGUAAUCAGUUCUUGAAAGGCCUGUCUGGUGGUCAGAAGCGCCGCUUGUCGCUCGCCAUCGCCCUCGUGAGCUCGCCGUCGGUGUUGUUCCUCGACGAACCGACGUCGGGCUUGGACGCCGCGGCGGCGGCUUCGAUCAUGGCCUUCUUAAAGGAGCUCGCGCAAGCGGCAAACAUUGCCAUUUGCUGCACCAUUCACCAACCGUCGAGCGCGGUGUUUCAUGGUUUCGAUCGAAUUAUGCUCUUAAGUAAGGGACGCGUGGCUUACCUCGGGCCGGCGAGCAAGACGGAGUCGUACUUUGCGAACAUCGGCCACCCAGUUUCGCCGGGAGACGCCAUCGCUGAGCACAUGCUAAACGUCGUGAACUCGGAG